CAUCUCCUCUCCAAUAUAUACUUUCUGGUUUUAGCUUCCGUUCUUCGCACGCCCACGUUAAAUAUAACAUCUACAAACGCUGCGCGGACCAAAACCUGAGCGAAUUCCUCUCAUCUUUCCCAUUCCAUAACACAAUUCACGAACAUCUAUCACUCAUAAACCCUAGCCUUUUCUUCCUUCACAAAAGCUUCGACGUGCUUUGAUUCGAUGUGUAGUAUAUGUGGUAUUGUUUUGUUGAAAUAAUUAUUAUUUUGUCGAGAAGAUAAUUAGAUUAGCAUUGCCAUGUCGAAGCUAACGGAGGCGAAGAAGAUCACAUGGAGUACGUGGGAAGAGCUGCUGUUGGCGUUUGCUGUGAAGCGGCACGGGCUCAAGGACUGGGACUCCGUGGCCAUGGAGCUCCGGACCCGGACCUCCUUGCCCGACCUACUCACAGCUCAGGUUUGCAGAGAGAAAUACGGCGACCUCCAUCGCCGCUUCAUGAACAGCGACGAAUUGGCGGUAGAUGUGGACGCCGGCGCCGGCGCCAUCGAUAUUCCGUGGCUCGACAAGUUGAGGCAGCUCCGUGUUACGGAGCUCAAACAAGAGGUCCAUCGCUACGAUCUCUCGAUCCAGUCGCUGCAGCUGAAAGUGAAGCGGAUGGAGGAGGAAAGGGACCACAGUUUAAGGGAGAGCCAAAACGACGCCGUGAAACCAGAUCUGAAAGAGGAUAGAAAGGAAAAGAGAUCGGAAAACGAUGAGAAAAACGGUGACGGAGAGACGCCGGAGAAGGCAUCCGGAAAAUCUGUUUCUGUUACCGAGUCCGACCGUGAGAACCGGUCCUUCAACGAGUCGAAUUCGACGGAGAAUAGGGGAACAGAAGAGAAGGCUGAACCGUUAUCGAUCGAAGGAGGAGAGACUAAACCGGAUCCGCAAACGAAGCCGGUCCGGGAGGAGGACUCCUGCAACGAUAGUUCCGAUAGACGCGAGGAGUCGAACCGGAGUCAGGACAGGAAAUCCGAAAACGAGUUGGCGGCAGAGACGCGCGACUCCGUAGGCGCGUCGAAGGAGAGCAGCGACGUACAAAGCACCGCGAGUUUGACUAAGAAGCGGCGGAAACGAGCGGACCUCAGCGGCGGAGAUGGAGGAAAUGUGGCGACCGCGGCGGCGGCGGCGGCAUCUCCCGCCACAGCAACAAAACGGGAGAGCGCGGUGAAAUCGGAGCCGUUUGUUGGGUUGUUAGAUAUUAUCAGAUCGCGUAAACAUGCCUCAAUGUUCGAACGCCGGCUCGAUAGUCAGAAAACAGAGAGGUACAAGAGCAUAAUCCGGAGACACGUGGACUUUGGAACGGUUCAAGCCCGGAUUGACGAUGGAUUCUAUUCGGGUUGCCCCAUGAGUUUCUACUUGGAUCUCUUACUACUGUUCAACAAUGCCAUCGUCUUCUUCCCCAAGUCAUCUCCGGAGUGGAGAGCAGCCCACCAACACCGCGACAUUGUCACGAAAGAGCUAAGGAAUUACAGAUCCUCAACAGCAGCCGAACAGCCAUCAUCGGCGGCGAAGGUUGAGCCCGAACAACCUAAACUGGAAAGACCAGAUUCUUUGCUUGUGAAACAAAAAUCUACAGCCCCCAUCGUUGUCUGUCGCAAGAGAAGCUCCUUUUCAGCCAAAGCUGCCGGUUCCGGUAACAAGCAAGAAAACGAGAAACCCCCACUCAACCCGAAGACGGCCGCUAACAAGUCUUCUCCGAGCACUCCGCCGGAAGAUGAUAGCUCAAAGAAGAUGAAACCGAACGAGAAGCCCGUUACGGGUGUGAGGAGCAUGAGAAGGACGACCAAAGGUCGCCCGGCCAAUGCUUCACAGUCCACGAACGUGAAAAAAUCCGGCGGGGCGCCGUCAAACAAGCCAGAAUCUUCGAAAAUGGAAGAAGAAACGAGUAGCAUAGACAAGAAACGAGGCGCCGCUGACUUCUUGAAGAGGAUAAAGAAGAAUUCAGCGACGAAGGAUACGUUAGUGGAUAAUAGUAGCAGUAGUAAAAGGGUGCAGCAAAAGAGAAAGCCGGGAACCGAGGAAAGGAGAGUGCCGCCGCCGGUGAAAGAGGCCAAGGUGGUGGAGAACAGUCCAUCGAAGAGGAGCGUUGGGCGGCCGUCAAAGAGAAGUAGGGAGGCCGCGGCUACCCCGCCGGCGGAGAAGCGUGGAAAGGAAACUAAUAGUAAUUCGAAGGAAGGUUCUUCAAAACGACCACAGAAACGUUCUAGGAGGUAAACCAAUCCAACAUUAUAUAGCCUAUUGCCGUACUCCAUUACCGGUACAGUUAAUUCAACUUUAAAGUUAGUUAAGUUUACAUUCUAGAGUUAAAAAAGAUUAGAGUAUCGUCGUGUAACAACUAACUAAUUUGGCUCAGAACCUUUCUCUUCUUUCUACA